GGGUUGUCUGUGUGUCCAGCCAUAGAAGACACAGAAUGGGAGCAUCCGAAUCCACCCCAGACGAGCCAUCAGUGGAGCCACCUCCAGUUGUAGAGCUGGACAAUGAACUGAAGGAGUGGGCUUGGAGACAGUACUCACGCACGGCCAGUGACUCAAUGACCAAAAAAGACCUUGGGUUCAAGGUCAUCUGGGACAGCGUCCACUUCGAAACGAGAGACGUCUGUUAUGGGGAAAAACAGGGUCCUUCGCCAUCCCAGUCAACGAUGGUGUUCAAGUCCGACUACACCAACAACACCAUGGAAACACAGGAACACAACUUCACCACUCAGCGGACCACAGAGGCAACCUCAACGACAGCCUUGACGAACGGAUUCACCAGAGGUGUGAAGAAUGGCAUUACCAUUCCCGUUCCACCGGAAGUUACAAAUGUCACUUCUGGUUUUGGAAACGAGGUUGACGUGGAAACUGAGAACAAAAAUUCAGUAAAACACUCUAUGACGUGGAGUGCAAAUUCCCUCAUACGGGUUCCUCGGUCGUCUCGAACAGUUGCCACGCUACAAAUCAACCAAGAGACCUUUAACUGCUCAUUUACUGCACUCGUAGUGUUCAGCGGUCGUGUCAAGAUCAAAAUCAGCAACAUGAAAACUGGGGCUUUCUUGAUGACCGUUGAGAAUUUAAUUGGACAAAUUGUUAAGGAUGUGUUUGAGGAAUAUGGCUACUCUUACAAUGACAGCGACCCCCUCAGCGUUCACACAGAUGGCAGAGCGGUGUUUUGGCCAGUCGGAGGCUCUCUCGGUUUUAAGUAUGGCGUGUCACAGAAGGUGGAAGUCUCGCACGUUGGCAGUCACAGAAAAUAAUCUGCAACGGAUCGGCAGCGAAACCGUACAUAUAUGUCAGAGACCGUGUACAUAUUGUUACUGAGCUUACUUUUAUCAGAAACCCCACUUUUACUGUUAGCAUAUUAUUCUUAUCUCCUAUAUUAGAAACUAAAAAUAAGACUCUAAAGGAUUUCAUGUUGAUACACUUCACCGCCAACUGUAAAUGGUUCUAGUACAGUACUUCACUGUACACAAUACUUUCAGCAUACAAGGUUGUAUCCUGUUGAUACAUCACAUCUUUAAGUGCACAGAUUUUGUUUCCUGUUAAUACAUCACAUACUCUAUCAGCACACUUUACGACAGACGUUAAGCUGAUACGUACACGACGACGUUCCCAUCGUCAACACCGUAAAUAGAGGACUCCACUUGCUGUGCCUGUGUGCAUUCUUGUCUUGGGAAGCCUUUGAUAACUUUACAUUGUAAAACACAACAUAUAUAUGUAUAUACAUAUACCUUUUGGUCACAUGUAUCGCAGUUGUUGUAAGAAAAUAAAUAUAUAACCCAUA